UGUGCUUCCUCAGGAGCUGGCACUGUUACACUCUACUCACUCUCUUGGGGUUUUCUUGCACAGUUCAGGAAGCACUUAAAAUCACAAUGUCUGAGGCACCGAAACCGAAACCUAAGAUUUCAGCAUCACGAAGGCUGUUCCUGAAGACUAAAAUAUUGAAGAAAGCAAGCACACUGAUCACAAAUGAGAAGGAAGAGAAACAGAGGGAGAGGGAAAGAGUUCUGAACGAGAGAGUGCCUCCUCUUCAGCUGUCUGGCCUGUCUGUGCAGGAGCUGCAGGCUCUGUGUAGAGAACUGCACCAAAAGAUUGAUGUAGUAGAUGAAGAGAGAUACGACAUCGCAGCCAAAGUAACCAAAAAUGAAAAAGAGAUUGAAGAUCUGUCCCAUAAAAUCUUUGAGCUGAAGGGCAAAAUGAAGAGACCUGCGCUGAGAAGGGUGAAGAUUUCAGCUGAUGCCAUGCUGGGCGCUCUUCUUGGCUCCAAGGUCAAGGAGUCUGUGGACUUCAAAGCCAACCUCAAAACGGUCAAGAAGGAGGAAGAAAAGAAAGAGGAGGUGACUGACUGGCGUAAGAAUGUGGAGGCCAUGUCUGGCAUGGAGGGCAGGAAGAAGCUGUUUGAUGCUGGUGGACAGUAAAUGGUGAUCAUCAUUUUGGCUGCUAUAUCAAGGAUGUGCACUGGUGUGAGAAAAUAUUCUCCACCAGUUUCUUACUGACAUGAAUGCCUGAUAAAGAACCUUUGAUAUGAAGAUUGAGAUUUAGCCAUUCUUGAGUCCAGCAUACAUCAAUCUUAAUGUGUUUGUGUGCACUUUAAAGAGAACAGGUCACAACACACAGUCAUUGUAUAGAUAAGUUAUAAUAGGACAUACAGAAACUCGUACUGUUAUUAAGUCUCAGUGUCAGAAUCUGUCUUUAUAACUGUUCUGUGAUGUCUUAUUGGUUGGUUUUCUUGAAAAUAAACACACAGCUAUAAAAAGAC